GGGCGACUCUAGGGUUUUAGAAUUCCGACGCAGAAAUCAGAAUCAGUGAGUGGGAAAUGGAGAACGAAAAUGGCGUCGCCGAACAUGAGACGAAGAAGCACAAAGGGAAGCACGACAAGCCGAAGCCUUGGGACGAAGACCCAAACAUCGAUCGCUGGAAGGUCGAGAAGUUCGAUCCCUCAUGGAACGGGGGUGGAAUGCUCGAAGUCUCUUCCUUUUCCACUCUCUUCCCCGAGUAUCGAGAAAAAUAUUUGCAAGAGGUUUGGCCAUCGGUGAAGUCUGCUUUGAAAGAGUAUGGCAUUUCGUGUGAACUGAAUCUGGUUGCGGGUUCCAUGACAGUUUCAACUACUAGAAAGACUAGAGAUCCUUAUAUUAUUAUGAAGGCUAGGGACCUUAUUAAGCUUUUAUCAAGAAGUGUGCCUGCUCCUCAGGCGAUAAAAAUACUGAAUGAUGAAAUGCAAUGUGACAUUAUCAAGAUUGGGAACCUGGUCCGCAAUAAGGAACGAUUUGUUAAGCGAAGGCAACAUUUGAUAGGUCCCAAUUCUUCCACUCUAAAGGCACUUGAAAUACUGACUUGCUGCUAUAUUCUGGUUCAAGGAAAUACCGUUGCCGCUAUGGGCUCAUUUAAAGGUUUAAAGCAAGUUAGAAGGAUAGUGGAAGACUGCAUUCAGAAUAAAAUGCAUCCUGUUUACCACAUCAAGAUUCUAAUGAUGAAGAAGGAGCUUGAAAAGGAUCCUGCUCUUGCAAAUGAGAACUGGGAUAGGUUCCUUCCAAAAUUCAAGAAGAAAAAUGUUAAGCAAAAGAAAGUUAAGAGUAAGGAGAAGAAACCAUAUACACCAUUCCCUCCUCCUCAACAACCUAGUAAGAUUGAUAUUCAAUUGGAAACUGGAGAAUACUUCUUGAGUGACAAAACGAAAUCAGCGAAGAAGUGGCAGGAAAAGCAGGAGAAGCAAGCAGAAAAGACUGCUGAAAACAAAAGAAAACGAGAAGCUGCAUUUGUUCCUCCUGAGGAGCCUGUAAAGCAGGAUAGGAAUGUGAAAAAUGAUGCGGAAGAUGUGGCUGCUAUGGCCAAGUCUUUAAAGAAAAAAGCAAAGGAGUUUGGGAAACAAAAAAUGGAUGAGACAGUCAAUGCCGAAGCAUACCUCGCUGAAACCGGAGAAAAACCUCCAAAAAAGAAGUCCAAGCAUAGGCAGGGUUAAAUGUACGUUAAAUGUAUUAAUUUUGAAAUGUAGGGAACAAAAGCGGCAUGUUAUUUUGGUUAGGUGUUGCCUUUACGUUUCACUAACAAAGACAUGGUAAAAUUCACUUCGCCAUGGUCUUGAGAUGUUAGGGAACAAUGCCAUAAUCCUACUGUAAAUCCUUUAUUAAUCAAACUUAUAAGUAAUUGAAAUUUUUGUUAAUUUUUGCUA